AUGGUCUGGGUGUGGGUCAUCGCACAGGUAGCUCCCGAUUUUGCCUUCAGCAAGAUGGACAAUACGGGGACACGGUGCCACGACACAACGGAACACGAGUACCUGGGUGUUUACUUGCCGUACACCAUGACCAUCACCGUGACGGGGUUCGUCAUCCCGUUCCUCAUCAUCAUCGGAUGCUACUGCCACGUGGUGGUGGUGCUCUGCAGGAAUGACACUGUGAACCUCAGCCUGAGGAGAAGAAGCAUCGGUCUGGUGAUCCUUGUGAUGAUCCUCUUCUCCACCUGCUUCCUCCCCUACCACAUCUGCAGAAACCUCAACUUGCUGUCUCGAGGCUGGCAGCUGCAAGGGUCCUGCACACAGGCUGUAAAGAAUAUCUACCUUUCCUACCAGGUAACCCGGGGACUGGCCAGCUUAAACAGUGCCUUCAACCCCCUGCUGUAUGUGAUGACCAGUGAAGCCUGCAUGUCACGUAUAAGGACCAUCUGCCAAACAAGGAAAACCUCUUGCCAGGAAGAUGAGAAGAAUAUGAGCAUCAUUCUUUGUAAGGAGGAGGUUUCUGGUGAGGUCUGA